CUUGCGCAGAGUGUUGUGCAUAUCUUCAAUGGCGGUGUUUCAGAUUUUUCAAUAUUGGUACGUGAUCUUACGUUUCGGAGAGGAGGAUCUCUUACUCCUUAUGGACGUAUUAAGUGCAACUAUGGCUUACAGUCUUCUGCUAAUCAAAUUGAUUAUUUUUGCAUUCAAUGCUCGUCUGCUGAACGAAAUCAUAGCACACACAGUUGCUGACUGGAAGGAGCGCGAUGUUUACGACGAAUACACAAUGACUAGGAUGGCGUACAUCUCUCGUCGGUUCUCCAACUUCAUAAUUGCUUUGUACGCGCUUUCGGUGUUCCUUUAUGCAACCGGUACUUUGUUGAGGUUUAAAAGUAAUAAUCAGACUGACACUCGAGAACUUCUCCUUAAAAUGGAAUUACCUUUUGAGAUCAAAAGCACAUCGGUGCAUGUAGCUAUCUUUGUUACACAAUUUGUUCAUCAAACAAGCGCAGCCAGUAUGGUGGGCGUGAUGAAUUCUUUGCUAAUAACAUUAGUUCUUCAUGUGUGCGGACAAAUUGACAUUUUGCGGCAAAAAUUGUGUGAAAUCACGCAAAAGGACAUUAAGCGAGGCGUAAACGACAGGAUUAUGAAAAUGUUGAUUAUUCGGCAUCAAAAGAUUAUUUCUUUUUCCAAGAAUAUCGAAGACUUUUUCUCAAAUAUCGCGCUAAUACAAUUCGUAUCAAAUACUAUGGUUAUAUGUUCUCUAGGAUUUCUUAUUGUGAUUUCUAUGGGUGUCCCGGGUGGAAUGCCCAUGCUAAUAAAGUCCGUGUUUUUUUACAUUGUUAUAAACAUGGAAGCAUUCAUAUUUUGUUUUGUCGGAGAGCAUCUCAGUACAAAAAGCCAAAAGAUCGGUGAUGCUGCAUAUGAAUUGUUUUGGUAUGAACUGAAUCCAAAUCAAAAUCGAGAUAUUCUGAUUUUGAUUAUAAGAUCGCAGAAACACUUGACGCUCACGAUCGGAAAAGUGAUGGAUCUUUCUCUCAAGCAGUUCGCUAGCAUAGUGAAAGCUUCGGCGUCGUACGUGUCGGUAUUAUACGCGAUGUAUUGAAGCUUCAAUACACUGCAUGUCGCUUAUAUCUUCGUGAGCAAAAGGAUAUGGUACUUUUACUACCAUCAGUUUACACGGUUAACAAUUUUCCUAUUCAAAGAGGCGGAGUUUAACAUCAAGUGUGCGCGUGUAGACAAGCGAAGUUACUGAAGCAUCGAUUU